CACAUGCUUCUCAAACCCACUGCAUGCUUCACUACAUACAUUGGCAAAGACAUGAUCUGGUUUUUACAAGAUGGAUUAAAUAAUGGGCAUGGAAGAUCUUUUCAAAAUCAGGAAAAUGCAGGUACACAAGUAGGAGGAAACCUUUUGUGGAAUGUUAAUAGGGAUCCUGAGGGGCAAUACUCCUACCCUGAUGCAACCAGCAGGGUGUGUGCAUGUAUGUCCAUGAGUGUGUGAUUAGUUGGAAGCAGUCUGGGAAAGAGGAAGCAUUGGUUCAUUUGCCAGAAGAUGUUCGAAGUGAAGGUGUGACAGCAUAUUGUGUUGUUUUGCCUAUUGCACCAAGUGUGCCUAGUGUGAAUGUGCUUUGUCGUAUCACUCAGGGAAGACUACAGUUUUACACAAGAGAUAUGAGGCUACAUUUAAAACCUGUGCUACUAGGUGUUGCAGUGGUAGCUAUAACAUGCAUGACCAUCAUCGUUCUAAUCCUCACCAUUGUUAAUCGUCAGAAAGCAGAACUGCCGUACUCAACACAGUAUGGGAUGGUGUUUGAUGCAGGUUCCUCACACACAGCCCUCUUCCUGUAUCAAUGGCCAGGGAACAAAGAAAACGACACAGGAAUUGUCUCUCAGACUCUGACCUGUGAUGUGAAAGGUGAUGGUAUAUCCAGUUAUGUUACAAAUCCUCCCGGCGCUGGAGAGAGCUUAAGAGAGUGCUUGAAUAUUGCAAUGGCAAAGGUCCCUGCAAGUCAGCAAAAGACAACUCCUGUCUACCUGGGAGCCACAGCAGGCAUGAGGCUUCUCAGUUUACAAAACAAAACUCAGUCAGACCGAAUACUUAAUGAGGUGGCCAAAACUAUACAAAGUUAUCCCUUUGAUUUUCGUGGGGCCAGAAUUAUCACUGGUAUGGAGGAGGGGGCCUAUGGCUGGAUCACCAUCAAUUAUCUUUUGGAGGGCUUCAUUAAGUAUGCAUUCGAUGGUAAAUGGAUUCACCCUAAAGCUGGGAAUAUUUUAGGAGCUCUAGACUUAGGUGGUGCAUCCACUCAGAUUUCCUUCAUACCAAGAGAUCCAGUUAAAGACCCACAGUCUGCUUUUGACCUCCAGCUCUAUAACUACAGGUACCAGUUGUAUACACACAGUUACCUGUGCUAUGGCAAAGAUCAAGCCUUGAAGAAACUCCAGGCGUAUCUUCAGAAGACUACUAGUCCCUCUUCUGUUAUCAAGCAUCCAUGCUACCACAGAGGCUACAAUCUGACGGUAAAGCUGGGGGACAUUUACGACUCUCCUUGUGUGGUCAAGCCGACCCCUUAUGACCCCUUGGAACAGGUCACUUUCUCUGGAACUGGUGAUUCUGCACUGUGUGUGUCACUGAUAGAGAUGAUUGUAGAUGUGACGAACUGUUCACUUUACCCAGACUGUGGCUUUGAUGGAGUUUACCAACCUCCUGUCAAUGGAGAGUUUUUUGCAUUCUCUGCAUACUUCUAUACCUUUGACUUCCUUGGUCUUGCACCAAGGGCUUCGUUGUCUCAUGUUAAUUCCACCAUUGAGUCUUACUGCAACAAAACCUGGAAGACACUUGUGGCAGAAUAUCCAACGGUGAAGGAGAAGUACCUCAGAGAUUACUGUUGUUCAGCUCAUUACAUCAUGGUUAUUCUCCUCAAAGGAUAUAAAUUCGAGACCAACUGGGAUAAAAUCUCUUUUCAAAAACAGGUGGCAGACACUGACAUAGGCUGGACUCUGGGCUAUAUGCUGAACCUGUCCUAUCUGAUUCCCUCUGACCGCCCUCUAGUGGUGACAGGGGUCCAAACCAGUCAGUGGGCAGCAGAGGUUUUCUUCAUUGUCUUUGUACUUCUUCUCAGCCUGUGUAUUCUUACCAUUUUGUGUGUGUGGGGUCCAUCCUCAUAG